AAUUAAAGUAAACCAAAUAUUAAAAUGUGCUAAUCUUGAAUAUUGAGGAAUAUUAUAGAAUGAAAAUUUUGUAGUUGUAAUUCAUAAAAUAUUAUACUUAGAACUAAAAUGAGUGCCACUCCACACAUUGCCGGUUUGACCAACAAAAACAUUUUCUUAGUUGAAUUCAAAGAACCUUAUGGAGAAAAAACGCUCAGGGAUGAAACAACUCCAAACAUACGUAGUAUUAUAUACAGUCCUAAAGGCACAUAUCUUGCGUACAGAAGUGAUAGAAAGGUUGAAAUAAUAAAAUGUGCAGACUGGUCAACCACAGCAACCAUAGAUGGCAAUGUGAAAGAUAUGUUUUUUUCACCAUUAGAUACUUAUUUCAUGGUUUGGGAGAUGUUUGUUCUGACAAAGGAAACCCCUCAGGGUAAACCAAAUCUCCAUGUCUAUAAAUCUGCUACAGGUGAAUGUAUAGGAUCAUUUAUGCAGAAAAAUCAAGCCGGAUGGGAACCACAAUGGUCAUCAGAUGAGAAACUGUUUUGUGUUCAGAUGACAUCAAGGAUACUCUUCUAUGAGGAUGGUGUAUUCGAUCGCUAUGUGCAGCACCUACAGGCUGAUAAGCUCAAAUCUUUUAGUCUGUCGCCAAGUCCGGGGCCAUCAUAUUAUUUAGCUGUUUUCACAUUAGGAAAGCAAGGUCAGCCAUCAGCAUGGCGUGUAUUAAAAUACCCGCAGUUGGAUAUAACACAAUCAGUCGUCAGCCGCUCUACCUUUCAGGCUGACAAAGCUACAUUCUACUGGAAUAGACGAGGCACCAACAUAUUUGCGAUGACACAAACUGACGUAGACAAAACUGGCGGGUCUUAUUAUGGGAAACAAUCAUUAUCAUACGGCGACGUGAAAGGAAACGCUGGGAAUAUGGCAUUUAGUAAAGAAGGCCCUAUCCACGCAUUAUCUUGGAACCCCGGCAAUUCGAACGAGUGGGUAGCUGUGUAUGGCCAUGCUCCAGCCAAAGCGACGCUGUUCAACGCAAAGUGUGAUCCACUUUACGAGUUCGGGACUGGGUCUUGGAAUGCUGUUUACAUACCACCAGAAGGAAAUUAUGUUCUAUUGGGCGGUUUUGGUAACAUAGCCAGUGGACACAUUGAGGUGUGGACCAUGCAAGGCUACAAGAAGGUGGGCACGUGCUCCGCCCCGGAUACCACCAGCCUGCAAUGGGACCCGCGCGGAGAAACCUUCCUCACCGCCACCACAUACCCCAGGCUUACGGUCGGCAACGGAUACAAAAUCUGGCACUACACCGGAGCCCUUCUGCAUAAACAUGUUUGCCAAGAGAAAGAAAAUUUACUGGGCAUCUACUGGCGGCCGGGACAGUAUCCCAAGAGUGAGUUAUCAAGAGCUGCCCCCAAAGGCAUCGAGGACUCUACGCCGAAGCCUGUCGGUGCAUAUCGUCCGCCAGGCGCAAGAAAUAAGCCCUCUAAUUUCACGUUACACGAACAUGAGAAACCGCAUCGUCCUGGAGAAAAUGCUAGUGCAACGCCGUCUAAGCAAGCUAUCAAACAGAGAGAAAAGCGAGAAGCGCGAAAAGCUAAGAAAGCUGAAGAGCGAGCAACAGGCGACCCCCCGCCACCGCAGUCCCCCGUAGCGCCAAGGCCUGCCUUUGUCUCCACAGGGGACCCAGAAAAGGAUAAGAAAAUAAAGAAUUUAAACAAAAAACUGAGUGAUAUAGACAAGUUAAAACAACAGAGGGCAGCUGGGAAGCAGUUGGAAUUGAACCAAUUGGCCAAGAUAGAAAGUGAACAAGUGUUGCAACAAGAACUAGAUCUACUAAGAUUAUGAUCUCGCACGCUUCAACACAUUGUUACAAACCCACACAUCAUACAUGUGAUUAAGCAUAAUAAUAUUUUUUUUUAUAUUUCUACAGCUGUAACUUUUAUUUAUAAGUACCUCCAUUUGUUGGUAAGAAAUGUGUUUGCAUUUAAUUAGUUUUUUUUAUUAUUAUUAUUAUUGCUUCAAUAAAUAAUUGUUUUUUAAUGCUGUGACGUUAUUUGUGUGUAAAGAUUGUUAUAGAAUAUUUACUUUAAUAAAGUGUGGGCUAGCUCGUUAUCAAAGCUGUUGUACUGAGUCUAGAUAUCGGCAAACAAUUUUAGCAUGAAUUUAAUACAUCUCUUGCGCAGUAAGUUUUAUAAAAAUCUACAACGCAAGCUUGGUUGUCUAUGGCUCUUCUUGUUUGCCGCGAAUUAUAUAAUGAAAUAUAUUUUUAUACAUGAUCCCUAAAAAUCCUAAUUCAUCAUUUAUUUUAGAUGUAAAAAAGUAAAAUCGCUAUAUUUAAACAUAUAUAUAAAGAAUGUUUAUAUUUAUUGCAAUCUAGUGUGCCUGAAAUACAUAUUAAUAAUGUUACGCCGUUACUAAUAAUAAUAAUUUGAAACGGAUUGAAAUCCACUGUUAUGCUUUUUAUACGCACCACUUCAGAAUUGCAAUUGCUACUGUACAUGAAAAUGUAUAAUAUUUGUCACAUGUGAGUGACUAUUUUUCUUAUACUGUCCAAGUUUAUUAUCAAUGGUUUUAGUCAGUUUAUUUGACAGUUAUAUUUACAUUCUUGUAAGGAAAUUACUAUAAUUCACUGAUAAUUAAACCGAAGAAUAUUCGGGCCAGUUAAAGGCCCGUUUAAGAAUAAACGUAGUGUACGAGUCAUACAAUUAAAAAAAAUCAAUUUUUGUUUCGGCCAUAAUUUUUAUGGACAGUAUCCAAUAUUGAAAUAUAUGAACUAAGUUUAAUUUAAUAGAAUAAAGCUUAGUUUAAUAAACUUGUCUUUUAAUAGUUUUAAUUUUCUAAUGACAGUCCUGUUUUACUUGAAAUAAUAUUAUUUUAAAUUAAUUAUUGAGUUGUAGACUACCGCGACAAUAAUUUCUUUGAAAUUGAAACUUAAAAUGUAUGUAAAUUUGUCUGUCUUGUUAAUAUGUCUGACUGAAAAUGUUUAUAAGUAUAUCAUAAAUAUGUAUAAAUGUUAUUACAAAACAUUAUUUGACUGAACAAAUUUUCUUCAAUUUUCACAUACAGGCAUUUUUACAGUGAUUGUUAAAUAAUAUCUGAAGUAUAAUAUGUGUUAAAUAAAG